AUGUCUCGCGCCGUCGCCGCUCGAUGCGCCCGCGCGCUCAGUGCGCUCACCGCGUCUUCAUCAGCACCCGUGGCGAUUGUCCAGACCGCGCGUGCGUCGACGCGAGACGCUUUCGCGUCGUCACGAGUGCUCUCGAGCUCGCUGCUGUUGAUGAAUUCACGCUCGUUCUCCGUCGUCUCGACGCCGCCGACGCAUUCGGCGUACGGGGUCACCGAUUCCGAGAUCUUCGAAGUUCCGAGCGAGGCUUUGGAGCGAGCGUCCGACGCGAGCGCGGUGAAGAAGCCGACGAAGAGGAAGAAUCACAUCAAGCGCAUGCUGGCGCGAGAGGCGUUUCGUCGAGAGAACGCGCGCGUGCACAAAGAGAACAAACGACGGGCGAUCGCGGAACGGGAUGUGAAGCGAUUAGAGAAGUGGCGCUCGGCGGUGGCGCUGAAGAAGGAACUCGAGGAGAGCAUGGGAACGCGUGAUUAG